CGUAAUCUAAUUUUUCUCUUUGGGGCUUCAUUCUGAAUUAAUUUACGGAAAAGCUCUCUCCAUCUUUAUUGUUUUCUACGAAUUGUUGAUCAGUUUCGACAAUUUUCAAGGGUUAGGGUUUCGAACUACUAUCUUUACGAUCUGUUUUGUUUUUCUACGUUUUUUCUCUUUUUCGAUUCUUAUAUAAGAAAUUGAAGGAGCCUCCCGGACUAGGGAGGAGAGACUAUGGGCGGCGGUGAUGGAGUUGCCGGCGAUGCUAGCGAAUCGAACGCCGGCGGUGGAGUCACCGUUCACGUCCGAUGCUCCAACGGUUCGAAGUUCUCUGUCCAGAUUAGCCUCGAAUCGACCGUCAGAGCAUUCAAAGCCGUUCUCUCGCAGAACUGCGAUAUUCCCGCGGAGCAGCAGCGAUUGAUUUACAAGGGACGGAUCUUGAAGGACGACCAAACCCUAGAGAGCUACGGCCUGGAGGCGGAUCACACUGUCCACUUGGUUCGUGGUUUUGCCCCACCUGCACCAGCUGACAAGGCUGGUCCAGCCGAUUCAGGGCGUCCAAAUACUACUCCUCCAAGUAUUCCUACAGAUGCUGGUUUGAAUGAAGGUGGGGCAUUAGGAGGUUCUGGUUUUGGAGCUUCCCUCUUUCCUGGACUUGGUAUCAAUGGUUUAGGUGGCACUGGAGGUUUAUUUGGGGCUGGACUUCCAGAGUUUGAGCAAAUGCAGCAACAGUUGACUCAAAACCCCAGCAUGAUGAGAGAAAUAAUGAACAUGCCUGUUGUUCAGAACUUAAUGAAUAAUCCCGACAUAAUGCAUAACUUGAUUAUGAGCAAUCCUCAAAUGCGUGAAAUAAUUGAUCGAAAUCCUGAGCUAGCACACAUACUUAAUGAUCCUAGUACUCUCCGUCAGACCUUAGAAGCUGCAAGAAACCCUGAACUCAUGCGUGAGAUGAUGCGUAAUACUGACAGAGCAAUGAGCAACAUUGAAUCAUCCCCUGAGGGAUUCAACAUGCUCAGGCGCAUGUAUGAAACUGUUCAAGAGCCAUUUCUGAAUGCAACUACAAUGUCUGGGGACAGUGGAAGUGAUUUAGGAUCAAACCCUUUUGCAGCUCUUUUAGGGACCCAAGGUGGGGUUCAGGCCCAUGAUCGAUCUGCUAAUCCUCCAACCGCUGGUUCUGAUACAACAAAUAAUUCUCCUGCUCCAAAUACAAACCCUCUUCCCAACCCUUGGACCCCAGGUGGUGGUGGUGGUAAGAAAUUUCACUCUCUUAAUUUUCUUAAGAAUGUUCUGGUUUCAGGGCAGACAGUUCACCUUUCUCUUAUUCUUUUUAUUCUUUUCAAUUCUUCUGUUAUACUUUUCAACUUUUAAGGAGUAGAUAAAAAGUAAACACCCAACUAACUCAUAAAGAAGCAAAAAAAAGGAAGGCUUGUCAGAUUUGGAUGCAAAAUGUGUGUGAAUCUUCUGUAGCUUUAAUGUUGUGAAAAAA